AUGUCUUGCAACAUUUAUGAGACAACAUACAAUAGAUUUUUUCAAAGACCAGCUACAACAACAGUCACUGGUCGCCAGAUCACAACCAACACAUCACGACACGAAUCCGGCUUCUCUUCAAAUACAAGAAUGAGCCCUUUACACCUUAAUCCAACAUUUCCAGAAGAACCUGUUACAAGAGCACCAGUAACACGCGGAUUUACUGUUUCAGAGAAAACAAGAACAAGAAUGGAACAAUCCGGAUAUUGGCAUUCUGAAAUCACUCAUUCUGACAAGAAACAAGAAAUGGAUCUUGUCUCAACACACAUGAAAGAUUAUCCUAAGUACAAAUCUAAUCACGAAGUUUAUUGGAGUUUGAACCGCAAUUUGAUUGGGUCAAGAGAGCCAACACCUUAUUCCAGACAACCAAUCAAUGUAACUCAGCAGCGCAUAUCACCUAUGGAGUCUACAUCCCACUCUUCUUAUCCGAAAUACCAAGGAAACUCUGGCGUUAACAUUCCUUCUAACGUUCGCAUGGAAAGGUGUGGUUUCUCAAAUGCUGCAGUUCCACUCUCAUCAAAGAGCGUUGCAAUGUCAGAUAGAUCGAUAAAUGAUUUGUCUCCAAGCGAGGCUUCUCAUUUAAAGCACAAGGAUCCAAUAGAAUACCAAAACAUCCAGUAUAAUACUCCAUAUCUUACCACUGCUCAAAUCAGUUACCAAAAUCCGAACAAGAUGAGGGCUUUUACAGCAACAACUGGUUUAAGAACCAACUAA